GCCCCGGGGGCGGGGGGGUUCUGCCGUGCUAUCCCCACCCCCGGGGGCGGCUCCUCCGUGUCUGUGUGUGUCUGUGUGUCUGUCUGCGUGUCGGUGUGUCCCCUCCGCCCCCGCAGCGCUCCCGCCCCGGGGGGACGGUCCCGCUGCCGCCCCCGCCGCCGCCGCACGGGGCAGGAGGAGCGCGGGGAGCGGGGGGAGAUUCUCGGGCGAUUUAUGGGGCGGGGGGACACGGGGAGAGCGGGUGAAUCCAGCCCGUGAUGCCUAUAAAUGGCGCUCCUCUACCAAGGUGCACAUUUAUUUAAAAAAAAAAAAAAAAAAAAAAAAAAAAAAAAAGGGGGAAAAAAAACCCGGCCGGUGUCAUCCCCCCACGUCAGGGCCGGUGGUGGGCGUGAGGCUGUACUUCCUCCGCCCCCUCCUAAUGGAGCGAACCAUUCCCAGCCAGCCUUCCUCGCCCUCUCCCGCUGCCUCCCUCUUCCUCUCCUUCUCCUCUUGUCUCCCCCCCUUGUCUGCAAAGUCCUCCGCUGCUCGGAACUUGUUGGCAAUGUCUAUUUUUCAGCUUUCCCCCACGUUCUCCAAAGUAACUAUUUAAAGAUCUGCAGCCGCAAAUGGUUUUACUAAAUGUAGGAUGGGACUUAAGUUGAACGGCAGUUAUAUUUCUCUGAUCCUUGCUGUACAGAUAGCGUACCUGGUGCAGGCGGUGAGAGCGGCGGGGCGGUGCGAUGCGGUCUUUAGGGGCUUCUCGGAUUGUUUGCUGCGGCUGGGCGAUAACAUGGCCAACUACCCGCAGGACCUGGACGACAAGAGAAAUCUCCAAACGAUCUGCGCGUACUGGGAUGAUUUCCACGCCUGCACCCUCACAGCGCUCACCGAUUGCCAGGAAGGAGCGACAGACCUCUGGGAGAAAUUGAGACGGGAAUCCAAAAACCUCGAUUUCCAAGGCAGCUUAUUCGAACUGUGCGGAGGCGGCAGCGGCGCGGCUCCGUCCGUCCUCCCGCCGGCCUUGCCCCUGCUCCUGGCGGCUCUGUGGGCCGCCCUAGUGACCUGGCUGCCUUUCUAGGGGGGCGAGCACACUCACACCCACACCCUCUCCAUGUGCUGGAUCUAUAGAGGAAGUGUCCAUCCGUUGCUUUGGGGACGUUGUGCUUUUCUGUGGUUGAUGAUGAUGAUGGUGGUGGUGGUGGCUGAUGAUGGUGAAACAUCCAUGUAGGACUGUGGAAGCGUUCUCCCCUUUUUUUUUUUUUUCUUCCUCUUUUUAUUUUUGUGUUUAUUUGCCAAAUCUUACCAAACAGGCAGCGGCGCGCAGCCCAAAUCGGACCUCAGCUUUACUAUCGCUUCGAAUCAAAAAUAGAAAAAAAAAUAUAAAGAAACAAACUCGAGCCCUCGUUGUGCAAACGCAAUCUCAGGAACGGCUCUGGGCCACCUACUGCUAAGGCUGUAACCGGCCGGGUACCUCCCGGCGAGCCACGGGCUCCGCUAAAAAUGUGGCAGUGUGCGAGGCGAGAACAAAAACCGCAGACAGGAAAAGGCACUGGCGAGAAAUCCAAGGUAGAUGUCCACGUGUGAAGCAUAUGGUGAAUAAUUCACAAUCUCUCAUCUUUCCUCCACAGUCGCUUGUUUGUUUUUUUGUUUUUGGCCAUUCCACCGGGAAAAAAAUUAAAAAUUAAUAAAAAAGAACAUUUUUCCUCAAGGGGAAAAGAGAGCGAGAGAGGGAGAGAAAGAGAGGGAAACGAACAGCUAAGGAAGGAAGGAGCAAGAGAAAGAAUGUCCUAUCUCAAUGCCUGGAGGAAUGAAGGAAUGCUGCUAACAUCUCUGAGAGUUUACCUUUACUUGCUGUUCGAAGGCAUCUUUCCGAAUUCACUGCCUUUAAUUUUUUCCUCCUCUUUGUUUUAGAUGUUACACAUAACAGUAAAAUACCUGAAUAUCCAACAGUAGAGAUCACAAAAAGGGGGCUUAAAUGUAAAUCUAAAUGAAAAAAAUAACAACAGCAAAAUGAUUUUGAAAAAAAAAAAAAAAAGAGCCUUGAUUUUAAAAGAAAAGAAAAAUGUAAUUUAAACAAAAGUUUAUUAUAAAGUCAAUUCAGCAAAAAAUAACAAAAAAAUAUUUGCUACAAAGUAUAGACAGAAGUAUAAAAUAAAAAUUAUUGUUUGAAA